CUCAUGAUGGUCUAUUUCAGUUAAACCAGAAACCAAAGCAACAAAGAAGGCAAAGGAUAUGCCAAAUAAGAGAGAGAGGAAAUUGGGUCAUGCAUCUCUUCUGAUAUAACAAGAGCAUCAGCCUUCUAGCUUUAAACCUACCCCAUUUCGUAUCCGUUCUGGUUUUCAUAUUAAUAGUCUUUACCAAGUAUGUGAAUUCUUACAAGGGCCAAGGGGGACGUUUUCUUUAUGUUGCUUUGCUCCGUUCUCAGUACCUGGCAAUAGUUAUUAUGGCUGUUCAAGCACAGUUAUUUCCUGAAAAUAUGGGUUUACCUUUGCCCAUGUGUGGCCUUCAAGAUUGGAUGGUAAACCCUGCACCUGCAGUUCCUUCCUUUGAAGCUGAUUUUUGUUUCAGUCUUCAAGAUCCUCAUCAACAGAAUUUUCCUUUCCAUCUGCAACAAAACGCUCAGAACUUGGCUUCUUCUUCUUCAACGUGUGAUAGUUUUCUUCCCAUGGCACUUGCUCAAUCUUUAGAUGCUCAACUGGAGAUGCAAAGGCAGGAACUUGAUUGCGUUCUUCAAUUACAGAAUGAGAGGCUAAGAUCUGCUUUACGUGAGCAAAGGAAGCGACAACUGGCCAUCCUGCUGAAGAGUAUGGAAUCAAAGGCCUUGUAUUUGAUGAGGCGAAAAGAAGAAGACUUGGCACGAGCAACAAAGAGAACAAUGGAGCUCGAAGCCUGCCUGAGAAAAGCGGAAAUGGAGAGCGAGUCGUGGCAAAGACUUGCAAAAGCAAACGAAUCAAUGGUUGUGGAUCUAAGCAACACACUGGAACAGGUCAGAGAGGGCCUAGUCUGGGUCAGCAAUAGAGCCGAAGAUGCAGAGUCCCUUUUCUGCGGCUCGUGUGACAGAGAACAAGGAGCAGAAGUGAAAGAAGAGGGCAAAAAGAUGGCUUGUAAGCACUGCAAUUCUAGGAGCUCGUGCGUUCUCUUCCUACCUUGCAGACACCUUUGCUCGUGCAAGUCUUGUGAAGCUUUUCUUGAUUCUUGUCCUGUCUGUAAAUCUGUAAAGGAAGCGAGCAUGAAGGUUUUUUGGGUCUAACAAGAAAGGCACAAAGCAAAGAAAAAAGGAAUGCAAAUGCAAUAGGGAAACAUUUUUUUGGGAAGCACACUUGUUGAUACCUGUACUGUCAUCGUGUUGUUUUCUUUUUUAUUUGCUUUUCCUGGUCUAUUAUGUUAACUGAUUUCCCCCUUUGUUUAUUUUUCUUUUUUUUAUAUUUUAAUUUUUCUUCAAACGAUGACAGUAUUGGCUGGGCGAGAAUCUUUCAACUUUUUACCCUUUCCGGGUUAAUUACCAUUUUCCUGAUUUA